AAAGCUGGAAUGUCAACUACAUCAGUCAAUUUAGUUGGGGGCACUGGGAUAUGGCCUUACAUGAUAACAACAAGAUGCAAAGGAAAAAUAUUUGCACAAUUAAGAAAUAAACUAGACAGGGACGAGGAGCUAAAUUUAGUUUCCUUUCUUGGUGAGCAGCUACGCCAUCUUCAUCUGUUGCCGCUUCCAUCUCGUGAUUCAAAUUUAUCAGAUAUUGAAAGGGCAGUAGAAUUUAACCAUACUAAUGGUUAUGCAGAAGCUGCUUUUGAUAAAUCAAGCAUGCCAGCUGAAUGGGACAUCUUCGUCAAAACUCUAAAUAGGAAGAAAAAGGAUGCCUCUAACCGCUUGACAACAUGUUUUGCUCAAAUCACAUGGCCAUUUGAGACUAAAGAUGCUGAAGGGGAGAUCCAAUUCCUAGCUUUCUAAUUGAGAAAGUUGAUGAAUACAUCCCAGA